AUGGAGACAAGACGUGACUCCUCAGGACUUCAUUUGAGUCAACGCAAGUAUAUUCACGAUCUUCUGGCCAGAACAAACAUGCUUAAUGCAAAACCAGUAACGACACCAAUGGCAUCUUCUCCUAAGUUGUCUCUUCACUCUGGUACGAGGCUCUUUGAUCCGACUGAAUUUCGUGCUAUCAUUGGAAGUCUUCAAUACUUGGCUUUCACUAGGCCAAAUCUCUCUUAUGCCGUAAGUCGUCUUUCACAAUAUAUGCAUGCACCAACUACAGAACAUUGGCAGGCAGUGAAGAUACUUCUCAGAUACUUGGUCGGUACUUCUGAUCAUGGUAUUAUGCUAUGCAAAGGAAACAACUCGACCAUCUAUGCCUAUUCGGAUGCAGAUUGGGGUGGCGACAAGGACGACUACAUAUCUAUAAAUGGGUACAUUGUUUAUCUUGGAUCUCAUCCUCUCUCUUGGUCCUCAAAGAAACAAAAGGGAGUGGCUCGCUCAUCCAUUGAAGCGGAAUACAUGUAUGUCGCUAACACUGCUGCUGAGAUUCAAUGGAUAUGUUCGUUGUUUACUGAAUUGGGGAUACAAGUCCAAAUCCCGCGAGUGAUAUAUUGUGAUAACGUGGGAGCAACAUAUCUUUGUGCAAAUCCUGUUUUUCAUUCAAGAAUGAAACAUACCAUAGAUUACCACUUCAUCAGAAAUCUGGUUCAAUCAGGAGCUCUCCGUGUGGUUCAUAUUUCUACGCACGAUCAGUUGGCUGAUGUGCUGACAAAGCCUCUCUCACUUUCUGCUUUUCAUAAUUUUUCGAGCAAAAUUGGAGUUACAAGAUCACCUCAUCUUGAGGGGGCGUAUUAA